CGCGACACUUCAUACAAGGAAGUCGAGCAGAGGCCUGGCCACAGCCCAAUUGACCAAUUUCCCAGAAUAUAGCCGGGGACCCCUCACGCAUGUCAAUUCGGGGGAGGCCUCGCGGCCUCCGUCUUCGCCAUGUGUGCUCGUCGAACGGGCAGCAGCGCCGUCUGUUGAACCACUUUGUCUCCAAAGUACCGGAGCCCACCACCGAAUCGCCGCCGCACGCUACCCCCUACCGCUUCACGCUCGCCGUCAAAGACAACAUCGCGACGACCACGAGCCCCUCCCAUCCCACAACCUGCGGCUCCCCCUUCCUCUCGACCUACCAUUCUCCCUAUGAAGCGACCAUCGUCACGCAGCUCCGCGCCCGCGGCGCCCGCCUCGUGGGCAAGACCAACCUGGACGAGUUCGGCAUGGGCAGCCACAGCACGCACUCGGCCGCGGGCCCGGUGUCCCAACCCUUCCCCCAAUCAACAUCAUCACAACCGCAACCGCAACCACCACCACCACCACCACCACCACCACCAUCACAACUACAACCACAAUCACAACCAUCACCAUCGCGGGGCGAAGACCAGCGGCUCUCGGCGGGCGGCAGCUCGGGCGGCAGCGCGGUGGCCGUGCUGACGGGCGAGGCCGACGUCGCGCUGGGCACCGACACGGGCGGCUCGGUGCGCCUGCCGGCCGCCUACUGCGGCGUGGUCGGGUACAAGCCGUCGUACGGCAUGCUCUCGCGCUUCGGCGUCGUCCCCUACGCCAACUCGCUCGACACGGUCGGCCUGCUCGCCCGCGCCGUCGCGCCCAUCCGGGAGCUCAUCUUGGGCUCCCGCUCCGGCUCCGGCUCCGGAGAGGGAGAGGGAGAGGGAAUCUCGCGGCGUGCGCCGGGAUUGUGGCGUGAGGGGGACCCGAGGGAUCCCACCUGCCUGUCGGUCGCCGCACGGCUGCGGUGCGCACGGGGGAGGCAGGGGUAUGACGACGACGAUGACGACGACGACGCUAAUGCAGAUGGGCCCUCCAGCAGGCGGGGAGAGGGGGAGGUGCUGUUAAAGGGGGUACGGUUCGGGUUGCCGCUGGAGUACAACAUCGAGGAGCUGGAUCCCGGGAUCCGGGAUGCCUGGGCCGGGGCGGCUCGGACGCUGCAGGACCGGUUCGGCGCGCGCGUCGUGCCCGUGUCGCUGCCCUCGACCAGGCACGCGCUGGCCGCCUACUACGUCAUCGCGCCCGCCGAGGCGUCGUCGAACCUGGCCAAGUACGACGGCAUCCGCUACGGGACCCGGGACACCGAGGCCGCGAGCGACGCCGCCGCCGGCGGGGUGCUCUACGCCGCCAGCCGCGGCAAGGGCUUCGGCGACGAGGUCAAGCGGCGCAUCCUGCUCGGCUCGUACACCCUCAGCUCCGAGGCCAUGGACAACUACUUCAUCAAGGCGCAGCGGGUGCGCCGGCUGGUGCGCCGCGACUUCGACCGCGUCUUCGCGCUCGACAACCCGCUGCACGAGCGCGAGACCUUCGAUCUCGCCGACCUCGACGAGACCAUCCCCAUGCAGGACAAGUGGGGGCCCGAAGAGGUCGACUUCCUCCUCUGCCCGACCGCGCCGACCCUGGCGCCCGGGCUGGCCGACGUCAUGAGCCAGACCCCGGUGGACGCCUACAUGAACGACGUCUUCACCGUCCCCGCGAGCUUGGCGGGGCUGCCGGCCAUCAGCAUCCCGAUGCCGGUCGCGCCCGGGACCGGGACCGCGAGGGGCGGCGGGAGAGGGCCCGGCACGGCCGGCCUGCAGCUCGUUGGGCAGUACUGGGAUGACGCCCGGCUGCUUGCCGUCGCCGAGGCCGUGACAGAAGUUCUGAGGACUACGACUCCGUCGAGGUGACUCUUGUGUUGUUGUUGUUGUUCUUGUUGUUGUUCGGCCGGAGCAUCACUGGUUGGAUUCCAAAGACGCAGGGUGACGCAGGGCGACGCAGGGCAUACUGUGCGGUUGUUGCAUGGUGAUAUGACCCCGUGUACGAGAUAGAUGCUAGCCAGCUACCGUUCCCGCGGGGGAUUGGCUUGAUUUGACUGUACUAGUAUAUACAUUACACGUCGUCUAUCUUGACGGAUCUCUAACAGGAGCUGAUUGUGGCUUGCGUCUCCUGCAACAAAA